GAAGUGGUUGAGCACAGGAGCACAUGGUGGUGGGGAAAGCUGCGAGAAGGGGAGAGAUGUAAAGUUUUAGGAAGGGAGGUGGGGGCCCAUCCCACUGUGUAGGCAGAGAGUGAGCAGAAGUGUUCUAUCUUUCGUUUGUAGGGCUUAGAAAUGUAAACCAGGGAGAUUUCUCUGCCUGGCUUUUCAUCUCCGCUGUGAGCGCUCAGGGGAGGCCUGACCUGAGAUGGAUUAUUGACCAGAGCAAAGCUAUGUAUCUGGAUUACCUUCACUGGGUUACCUUUAAGCAAGAGGGAUGACUCAGGUGCCUGCUGACUACCUGUCGACCACCAGCUCCUACAACUAUGAGCAGCCCCUUCCCUCCCUGGCUCGGACCAGCACUGUCACCAAGGUACCCCCAGCCAAAAAAAUAACCUUCUUCAAGAGUGGAGAUCCUCAGUUUGCAGGAGUCAAGAUGGCCAUCAACCAGCGAAGCUUUAAGAGCUUCAAUGCACUCAUGGAUGACCUCUCUCAUAGGGUCCCACUGCCAUUUGGGGUACGGACCAUCACCACCCCACGAGGAAUACAUUGCAUCAGUGAGCUGGACCAGCUGGAGGAUGGAGGAUGCUACCUUUGCUCCGACAAGAAAUAUGUCAAGCCUAUUAGCAUUACUUCUGGGGGACACAGGCCAGGCCCUCCGCGAAAUGGUCGUCCCUCCAGUUCCUUGAGAAGAGCAGCUCAGGAGGGAAAGCUUGAAGAGUAUUCCACACCUUUCACUCAGCAUGGCCCCAGAAUACCCAAGAAAAUCACUCUAGUUAAGAAUGGAGAAAGUGGUUUCCGGCGCUCAAUUAUCUUGAACCGCAGAAAUGCCAGGAGUUUCAAAACGCUCCUGGAUGAGAUUUCAGACAUCCUGCAGUUCCCAGUGAAGAAGCUUUACACUGUUGAUGGGAAAAAGAUCGACAGCAUGCAGGCUCUGCUUCACUGUCCCAGCGUGCUGGUGUGUGUCGGCCGGGAGCCAUUUAAACCUGUAUCGAUGGAGAAUUUGAGGAAACACUCGGUGGAGAAGCUGCCCAACCUGGCUCCCCGUUCCAACGGCAACAAUGUCAAUGAAAACAAUGAAACGAACUUUGGACUGAAAGCCAAAAAAAGUGUUAUCCAUCCACGGUCAGCAUCAAGCAAUCGGUCAAUGAGAUUUUCUUUAUCAUCAGAAAAGUCGUACCCUAAUGGUCUCGUUGCCUCACCGGAUAAUGGUGCAUCUUUCUCAAACAGUUUCUCGCAUCCAAAACCUGGGGACCUGGUCCAUUCCUUGGUCAAUGACGACAUAGAAAAACGGGUACAUGUGAACAAGGAUGGUAGCCUAUCCGUUGAGAUGAAAGUCCGCUUCCGCUUGCUGAAUGACGAGACUUUGCAGUGGUCCACCCAGAUCAAAAAGUCCAAUCUGAUGAACCAGAUGCCUUGUGAAGAGUCAGGUGUAGAGGAGGACAGCGGAGUAGACCCCAUACAGAAAAUGAACCCAGAAGCCAGCUCAGAGGCGGAUGAGUCAUUAUAUCCCUGUGAUAUUGAUUCUUACAUGUCAAAACUUGAGGAAUCAGAAUGUGACGAGGCUCAUUGUCAUAGCUGUGGAAAGAAACACCAGGACUAUGACAUUUGGAAAAACCCCAUGCACACAUCCCAGAGGGAAGAGCCCAGUGUACGAAGCACCUGGCACACACGGUCGUCAUGCUCCAGCACAUCUUCCCGGAGGAGAGUAGUCCACAAAAAAAUGGCUUCUGUGGAUAGCCUCCACACCACAUCCAGUGAGGAGUUCUCUGAGCACAUUGUGCAAGAGUCCUCAUCCUACUCAGAGACUAUAGAGAACAGAGUGGCAUAUAGAUCCAUUAAAAAGUGUAUGUGUCGAAGUGAUUUGUCUACAGGUGCUUCCAAUGGAGAAGACCAGCAAGAAUACACUCGGACAAGCACGAGCAAUAGUCAGAGACCUUCAUCCUUGGGUUUAAUGUCACAUUCAAGCUGUGAAAACAACCUGGAUACCCAAGAUGCCCCCGAAGACCAUGAGGCCAGCAAAACCAAUUCACAAAAUGAAGACGAAAAUUGUUUUGAAGUUUCCUCUGUGAAGUGCUUAAAGAAUGAUGCAGAAGAGAUCGAAAGCAGCAGAGUCGGGAGUGUCUCAUCAAGGUCAUCUCUGCAGUCCAGACAGAGCAAGAAGAACGUAUGUGAGGAAACAAGUAGCACGGGUAGGAGCAUGUCCUCCUCAAGUCUUCAGAAGGCAAAUCAAGAAGAUAACACUAGGUGCUCCACUUCUGCCAACAGUGUGCACAGCAAGUCUAGUAACUGUACCAUGCCAACAGCAAAGAGUGAACAGAAUGACCACUCUGAUGACAACGUAGUGGUCUCCUCCUUCUCCAGUGAGUCCUGCCCUAAGAAAGAGGCUGAAGAGGUUGAAGCAGAACAAGAUGAAAUCAAUGAAGUCAGCUCAGUGUCAGCAAAAACAAAGCCCAGCCGAUCAAUUAGAGAUGAGAGCAGUGAAAGUGAACAAUGCUCUACACAAGGUACUCCCCAUUCCAGAGCUAGUGACAGGAACAGCAAGAGAAGUGACAGUGAUGAGAUUCUGUGCAAUGCCUCUUGCUCUUCCAGAGGAUCCAAAAAGAGCAAACACAGCCGUAUUCAUUUGGAUGCACAGUCUGAAAUGUCUGUGUCUUCACUUGAAUCCACUCUGAAUAAAAAGAAGAAUUCCCUACGUGCAGAUGAUCUGAGAUCAUGCAGCAGGGCAUCUAAUUACUCCAAAAGCUCAUGUGAAAUCAAGAAAAAAUCUAUUGGAGACCCCAUGUCUCAUAACUCAGGAUCUUUUCACUCAAACAUUUCAUCUACUAGUGAAGCAGAGGCGAUUACAGGUUUUACUGAGGAGAAAAGCUUGAAAAGUACCACCAAUGGCUACAGUGAAUCCUCAAAAGGCUCAAAGAAGAGAAGCCAUAGAGAAGAAAAUAGUAAGCCAUCAUCCCUCUGCUCAAGUGUUUCAAGCCCUAAUGGAAAAGCUGGAGAGGGUCAUUCCAAGAUUAAUUCAGAGGCCCCACUUUCAAGACAGGGAAGUAUGAGUGAGAGUAUAUGUUCAAAAGGUGACCACUCAACUGAGACUGGGAUUAGGAAUGGAAACCCUGCAAGUGUCUCUUCAAGAGUCUCUUCAAAGUCAGAAGUAAAAGAUAAAUGCUUGUUGACACAGGUAUCCCAGGAAAGUGAUGAUAGGUGUUUACAAUCAAACAUAUCUCAGUCUUCAAAAUCAAGGCAGGUAAAAACUAGAAAUCUCCAUGUGAGGAUGUCAAACUCCAGCCAAGCAUCACUGUCUGAGACUUUGUCAGUAUGUAGUAUGCAUUGUCCUGCCCCACCAAAAGGGAAGCCAAACAGCAAAAAAAUACAUUCAACCAUGUUGAAGAACUCUUCCCUUAGCAGCAUAGGUACUGAGUCAGUGCUGACCACAGGAAAAGAGCAGAAAGAAAUUGUAGAUUCCUCCAGAGCAACUUCCUAUGGGUCUAAAUCAGCUGCAACUGAAAUCAAUCAUCAGAAGAAUAAAGAGACUGAUGAUUCUUGCAACAGAAAAGUGGAGGAAGAGUUAGAAAGCACAGGUAUGCAGGAGGAAGGGAGUGAUUUAAUGCCGUCUACUCUACCAAAUACAACUCCAGAAGAAGUUGUGCAAGAAUGGCUAAGUAAAAUCCCUUCAGAAACAUUGCUUAUGAAAUAUGAAAUGGAGGAUGAUGCAGAAGAGGAAAGUAUAGAGGCAACCACUGAGGUAUCAUACUGUCCAAAUGCCAAGGAAACCUCAGAGGAUGAAAAUGCUGAGAAAAAGAAUGUAGAGGAGGCUGAAAAUGAAGAAAACGAUGAAGUGGGAAAAGAGACAGCAGAAGGCACUGCUAUUAAUGAAGAGGCUGAGGAGUGUGUGAAUCAGGAACAAAUCUCUGAGGUUGUGUCCGAAGCUGCCGAAGCUGCCGAAGCUGCCAAAGCUGACCAGGCGGAAUGCAGCCAGUCAGUUACAUCCAGCCAAAAUAACAACAGAAGAGACCUGCCAACCUCUGUCCAGACUUCCGUCCAGAUCAUGAAGGCCUUGCUCAGUUCAAAACAUGAAACAAAAUUUGACCGAUCAAACAGUUUGCCUGAAGUGUCCCCCACUAUGGGGAGAAAACUGAGUAACUCUGCCAACAUUUUGAUUACUUGUCUUGCGAGUCUCCAACUCCUCGAUGAAGAGUCAGAAUAUCCAUCAGAUAAAUCAAAAUGUUUGAAUAAGCCAAGGUAUAUGGAGCUGCUAAACAUUUUUCAAGCCCUGUGGUUUGGAUGCACAGCUGAAAAAAGUGGUCCAAGUUCAGGUCAAGAGGCAAGUGAGCAGCCAAAGACAGCCUCUGGGUUUAAAGCUCCCAAAUCUGUAGAUUGUGACUUCACCCCCAUGUCCUCCUCUGGCGUUGAUGUUGGCAGUGGUUCUCGUGGCUCAGAAGAGAGUACAGCUGGUGCCAGGGACUGCACCUUAACGGCACAGAAAACUGCUGUACUCAAAUCAGCUGGACAAGUGGAAAAUGUGGAGACUGGCACUGAACUGACUGAGGGUGAGGAGCAAAGUAAAGAGGAAGAGCAGUCGUCCCGACCUUCGACAGCCUGCUCAGAAUCAAAAGGAGAGGCUAAAGCACAGUCUACUAGAGAGGACUCUCUAAUUCAGGAGGCAGAAGAGAAUAAGGAGGAUCAGUGCAGUAACUGUGAAAAUGGUCAGGAGGAAGGGGGAGAAAAUGAAAACAGAGAAAACAGCAAAUUAACUGAAAAUGGAGAACAAGAAGAAGAUGAAGCUGUGAAUGAUGAACUCCCAAAAGAAAAUCUUGAAGAGGAAGCUGAUCAGCUACCCACUAAUGAUGAUACAAAUGUCAAUGAUGCUGAUUGUGGGACAGAGCUGAAAGCUGAUUUGGAAGAGCAGCUUGGAAAAGUGUCUCCAAAUGACCCAGAGCCCAAAGUCAAUAUGGUCACCACCAUGGGCACAUCCUUUGUCCAGCGAAAUUCAAUGGAUCUGGACCCAGUUUGGGUCCUGAGACUGCUCAAGAAAAUCGAGAAGGAGUUCAUGACCCACUAUGUCAGUGCCAUGAAUGAGUUCAAAGUCAGGUGGAACCUGCAGAACAACCAGCAGAUGGAUGAAAUGAUACUGGAGCUGAAGGAAGAAGUGAGUAAAAGGAUACAAAAAAGCAUAGAUAAGGAGAUGAGGAAGAUCAAAAGCAGAGCAGGGAAGAAGAUGCCACGACCUCCGGAUGAACCACUCAAGCGUGAGUCAACACUCCAAACUGAGCAGAGGAGACGGCGAUUGCAAACUAUGCAUAAAAAGUCACGCAUCAGUGACACGAAUGCAACCCAGACUAGGCUAGAGGACACAUCAGACUUAUCAUUUGAUGUAAAUGAAGAUACAUCAUUUAGUGCAGCUUUUGAGGCCAGUCUUAAUCAACAAACAAGUGAGGAGGAAUACUGCCCAUGUGACUCCUGUGUGAGGAAAAAAAUGGCUUGCAAGCCUGCAAGAAAGCCAGUGGUGGCCACCAAUGCCCCAGUCAUGAAGGCAUUUGAUUUACAGCAAAUCCUGAGGUUGAAGAAAAAUGAUAAUGAGGAAGCCUGUGCCUCAGAAGCAGCCCAGGACAUCAAAACAAUUCCCAGCAGUUCUGUGGAGGAAGCAGCAGAAAAGGGCACUCCAAAUGAGGAGAACGAUGAGGGUGAACCCCAGCCAAGUGAAACAGAAGUGGAGGGCAAUGAAGAAAAGGAGCCAGAAUUAAACGAAGUGGACAGCGCAACGUUGAACAGAGAUGGAGAAGGAUCUGAAAUAUCAGAGAGUCAAAACUGCGAGAUGGAGGAUGAGGUUAAAGAUGAAGAAACCAAAGAAGAAGAAAAGGAAGAAGCAGAAGUGGGGGAAGAAACAAAAGAGAGAGAAGAAGAAGAGGAAGCAAAAGCAGAGGAGGAAGAGAAAGAGGAAGAAGAAAUAAUGAAGGCAGAAGAAGAGGAGGAAACAAAAGAGGAAGAGGAGGGAGAAACAACAGAGAAAGAAGAUGAGGAAGUAAAAGAGGAAGCAGCAGAGGAGACAAAGGAGGAAGAGGAAAUAAAAGAGGAGGAAGAGCAGGAGGAGGAGGGAGUGAAGGAGGAGGAGGAAGAAACAAAAUAUGAGGAGGAAGGAGAAACUAAGGAGGAAGAGGAGGAAGUGAAUGAGAAGGAAGAAGAAACAAAAGAGGAAGAGGAAGACAUGAAAGAGGAGGAAGAAGCAAAAGAGGAGGAAGAGGAAGUGAAGGAGGAAGAGGAAGAAGCAAAAGAGGAGGAGGAGGAAGAGGAAGUGAAGGAGGAAGAGGAAGAAACAAAAGAAGAGGAGGAGGAAGUGAAGGAGGAAGAGGAAGAAACCAAAGAGGAGGAGGAGGAAGUGAAGGAGGAGGAGGAAGAAACAAAAGAGGAGGAGGAAGUGACGGAGGAGGAGGAAGAAACAAAAGAGGAGGAGGAAGUGACGGAGGAGGAGGAAGAAACAAAAGAUGAGGAGGAAGACAUGAAGGAGGAGGAAGAAACAAAAGAGGAGGAGGAAGUGCAAGAAGGAGAAGAAGCAACAAAUGAGGAUGAGGAAGCAAAAGAAGAUGAUAAAGAAACAAAACAAGAGGAGCAGGAAGUGGAAGAAGAGGAAGAAAACCCAAAAGAGAAGGAGGAAGAAACAAAAGAAGAAAAAGAGGGAGCAAAAGAGGACGAAGAAACAAAGGCAGAGGAGGAAGCAAACGGGAAAGAGGAAGAGCAAGAAGAAGCUCAAAAUGAAGAGCAGGAAGCUGAAGAGAAGUCCAAAGCUGAAGAUGAAGCUGACAAUGAAGCUGAAGAAGCAGAGGAGCCAGAGGAUGAGGACAUUGGGGCUGAUGACGAGGAAGAGACAUCGGAAUGCAGAGGAGAUGCUGAUGGCUCUGGAACUGACAACAAUCCUGAAGGAGAUGCUGCAGAAGGAACUGAAGAAGCUGAGCAGGAUGAAGCUGAGGCAGUGGAAGAUGCAAAUCCAGAGUCAGAAGAUGAGGCAUGUUCAGCUGAGGAGGAAAACAACACUGAAGGAGGUGAUAAAUAUGAUGAGAAUGAUGAGAAACCUACCAGUGAUGACCCUGACAAGGCGCAUGAAACAUAUGAAGACAAAGGCAACAACAAGGUUUCUGAGAGACCCUCAAGGGCCAAAGGCAAACAAAACAGGAAAAGGCUAAAGAGUCUGAACAAAGCAGCUGUCUUUUCUUGUUAUUCUUCUGUAGGAAACUUCUCACAGCAAUCCCAGAAGGGGUCUGAAGAUGAAGGUGAAAAGGAAUGCAAAGAUGACAAUAACCCCAUGAGCAGCCAUCCCAAUGGAGAGGUUCAAAGUGAUGAGAGCAGCAAACCCUCACAGAUGUAUCCUGACUGUGAGGAAGAAGAAGAGGACAAAGAAUCUUCAUGCGCUGAUUCUUCGGGAGAUGAGAACCAGGCAGAUGCUGAAGGUGUAAAUCCAAAGGAGGUUGAACAUAGUGAUGAAGUUCAGGCUUCUAAAAAGAAAGAAGACUCUGAUGAGAUUGGCCAGGAUGACCUGGACUUCUAGAACUGCUUAUCAAAAACUGCUUUUUUCUUUCUUCCUUUCUUUCUUUUUUUAAACGUAUAUUUUCAUUACAUAUUACAGUAUCUCCAGUGAGUUAAGCCAUUAUAAUUGGCUUUUCUUCUGAGUUAAAUGUGGUAAACUUGAUCUUGAAUCCUGUAAGUAACGUUGCAAUUACCUGCCCUCAUUUCUAGAGGGCUAGUAAACUCAUUAAAAUUUAGUGGUUUCAAUAGAAAAGUGGUUUGGGGAAAGGGAAGGCUGUUUUGUUUGUGAUACCUUCUUGUUCCCACUCCUUAAGCCAUGCUGCUUGCUGCUUGAGUGAUCUGUGGCUCUGCUGGGCAUCAUCUCUGAGUGACUUCAGGAUGCCUUUCAUCUGUUGCAUGCCAUUUUCCUGGAAAGAUUGCCAAUCCACAGAAACGUGACAAAAUCUGGAUUAAUUGCCAAAGUCUGGUCAGAGCCCACAGAGAUGUAUAUUCAUUUCUACCCUACCCUACCCUAUCUUCUCUGUACCCAGAAAAGAUCUGAGUUACCAAAGUCUUUCCCCCCUUUCCCUAUUUUUCUUUAGUAGAGGUUGAAAUCAUUCCUCACUUCACUGGAAAUCCUCAACACUGAGAAAGGUCAUUCCAGUAGAUCUCUCCUUUUCCAGACCACCUAUCUGUUUGUACUGUGUUCAUCACUGUAGUAUGUAAUCAUGUAGCGGUAGAUAAAUAAGAUGAGUCAAUUCACCUGCCAGGUAUCUGAGAAGUGAUUGAAUGCAAUAUUGACCAAAUUAGAAAUGAGUAAAGUUCAAUCCCUUGUGACUACCUUUACUAUGCAAAUGACGGUAUCUAAGCACUUUACAAUCAUAUGGGAACCCUCAGACAAUUUUGUACGAGGCCCUGUUCCAAAGCUAAUAGGAUUUGCAGUUGCUCAGUGCCUCGCCCUUGCAGACAACCAGUAAAAUUUAAACUAAUUUUACCUUUAACAUGGAAAAGGUUUGGGCAUUUGUGCUGCAGCAAACAGCUGAAAGAGGCUCAAGCAUUUACUCAAGAGGCUGGACUUUACAAACCGUGAUAGAACUGCAAACUUCAUUUAACAACUGUUUUCUACCAGAUUAUAUCUUUUUUUUUCCCUGAAUGAAUGCCCAGCUAAUGCCAGCAGAAGUUUGACGAUACCUCAGCUGCGUACAUGUACAUACCUCUUUGGGAAACAGCCCAUUUUAUCAAUAAUUUGCAGGGAGAAUAAAACAGCGAAAAACUAAGAGAGGGUGAAAACAAAAUGCCUUAAAUUGUAUGGUGAAAAAGUAUGUGUGUAGUAUUUUGCCAGGUUUGUGAAGGUGCAUGCAGACAUGUUGAAAUAAUCAAUAAUCAAAACCAAAUAAUUAAGAUUGUUAUCAUUUUAUGAAUCAAUUUCUGAAACUCAUAGCCAACCAAUUGAUUUCCAGAGAUAAGAUUCAUUUCACUCAAAUUAAGAAUUGGGUUUAGCUCCAGAGGUGCAUACUUAAUUUUAGGUGUCUGAGAAAUAGGGGUCUAUGUGGACUAGUCAAUGGAGAGCUAGAUCUCAGCUGAGCUGCCCUCACAAAGGCUUACAGUGCCAUAUGAGAUCCUCCAGGCAGUCCAAGACAACCACACCGUCCUCAAGACAGAGAAGUUAAGAUCUGGGCCUUCCUAAAAAGAAGGAUAACCCUAUCUGUUAGCCUCAUGUGGAUGUCUUGGGUUUCCUAGGACAUCUCAGGUGGAACUAUGCCUCUCUCUAGAUGCAACUCAGUUGAACCCUGACUGUCUCAAAGUUUGAUAUCUUGUCUCAUCUGGUAGUCUCCUUUCCAUGCUUCUUCUGCAGACACUUCCAUAACUAAGAAUACUAGCUUUCAGACAGCUUAGAGUCUGUGUAGUUGUUUAAACAUAGAUGUUCAGUGCUAGCUGAGAUGGCCUAGGGAAUCCAGUAUUGGUCUAAAGUCCCAGACCAGUCCCAGUAUUGGUCUAAAGUGGUACAGAUCUCCUGUAGGUCCAGAGUCAUAUCACAACCUCCUUGUAAAUGUCAGGGAUGCUCUAGGGCAUCUUAAACUGCAUUAGUCAUGGAUGUAAAAAAACCUGAAUCCACCCUGAAAGUUGUGUAAACAAAUCCUCCCUCAAGAAACUGAAGUACAAGGUUAAAACUAAAUGCUAAAACUAAUUUGGUUUGAAGUGCAGGUGUUGUGAUUUAACCCCAGCUGGCAACUCAGCCCCACGCAGCUGCUUGCUCACUUGUCCAGAGUGGGAUGGGGGAGAGAAUCGGAAGAGUAAAAGUGAGAAAACUCAUGGUUUCAGAUAAAGACAGUUUAAUAGGUAAAGCAAAAGCUGCGUGCGCAAGUAAAACAAAACAAGGAAUUCAUUUUCCACUUCCCAUGGGCAGGCAGGUGUUCAGCCACCCCCAGGAGAGCAGGGCUCCAUCACGCG